AUGUCCGACACACAGUCCUCGCCGCAAUCGUUGGCCUCGGCCAACAAGAACGACAAGAAUAACCAAGACCAGAAGCAGCAGACCUGGUCUGGCGCCGCCUACGGCAAAUACAACGAACUCUACGAGAGCUGGGCGCCCUGGGCCGAGGACGUGUACCUUCGUUACUUUACACGCCACAACAAGGCCAGCUACGCGACCGAAGACACGCUGGCCAAGACCAAGGUGACGGGCAUCAAGCAGGUGGACACGCUGCAGGACGGCGUCAACGGGCUCGUGGCGGGUCAGCUGGGCCAGGGCGGGCUGGCGCAGCCGGUGGGCGACUGGGCGUCCAAGGAGGGCGUGAACAGGGCCGAGCGCAACGGCAAGGACGACAAGGGUAAAUACCUGCCGUCGGGCACGCCGGCAACCAUUAGCAGCGGCGCCGAGGCCGUGGCGGACGGCGGCAAGAGUGCUGCAGGCGCUGUCAGCGGCGGUGUGAAGUCAGUCGGCGGUGCCGUAGGCGGCCUGUUUGGAGGCGGCAAGAAGCAGUAG